GACGAAGUUGGUAGACGGACCGGUUUCCAGGAAGCGCUGCUGUCACUUGCUCGCUCUCUGUGUCCUUGUUAAUGAACACCAUAGAAUAAUAAAUAUGAUCUGAUUCCUGAGAAGCGGCUUUAUAUCAAACAUUAGUCCUAUUAUUGCAAAAUUUACUGCAUAAUGUUACGGGCCGGGACCGGAGCUGCCUGUGUGGCUUGCAGGAAUCUGGUUACCAACAGCUUGGGUGUCAAAAUCAGGAUCCCCCUUCAAAAACUUCACCCCGUGUCACGGGCAGUCCACCACCGCAGCUCCCCCAACGCUAACCCCCACAGGCCCUCCCCGCACUCUGCAGCCCGACAGUUCACCUCGCUCUCCAGACUCCCCCUCCGCCCAGCCAGGCCCCUGCCAGGGAAGUACGGCCACCAGCCACACAGGACCUUCUGGGUAGCCCGACUGGCUACGCGACUACUGAAGCUUCGCUACCUGCUUCUGGGAUCAGCUGUGGGUGGCGGCUACACCGCCAAAAAGACUUAUGAAGAAUGGAAGGAUAUGCUGCCUGAUCUUGGUGAAUAUAAAUGGGUAGUGCCUGAUUUCAUAUGGGAGCUCGAUGAACACAUUGAUCUGGAGAAAAUAGCCGGUAAGCUGCCUGAUGCUGAGACCCUGGCCAAGCUGCUGCCAGACUUUGAGAAGAUUGGGGAGAACUUCAGUUUUCUGAAAAGCCUAAUGUCAAAGGGUGUGAGUUUGGUUAGUGAAGUCAAAGGAGCUUCUGGUCUGCAUCUGUUGUUAGAGUCACCGGGGGAGGCCACAUUCAAAGCCACAGAAAACGCCAGCUUCGAAGGCUCUGAGAAACAGUAUAAGAAGGGUCUGCUGGGGGAACUCAUUCUAAUACAGGAGCAAAUCCGGGCCCAUGAAGAGGCGGCGCGCUCAGCCGCAGGGCAGUAUAGCACAGGCUCCUCGCAGCAGAAGCGCAAGGUUUCAGACAAAGAAAAAGCAGACCAGCUGCAGGAGGAGCUUCUUCGAACACAGUUGAAGUACCAGAGAAUCCUGGAACGCUUGGAAAAGGAGAACAAGGAGCUGAGGAAAGUGGUGCUGCAGAAGGAUGAUAAAGGCAUUCACCAGAGGAAAGUCAAGAAGUCCCUGAUUGACUUGUACUCUGAAGUUUUGGAUAUCCUCUCAGACUAUGAUUCCAACUAUAAUACGCAGGAUCAUCUGCCGAGGGUUGUUGUAGUUGGGGAUCAGAGUGCUGGGAAGACCAGUGUGCUGGAGAUGAUCGCUCAGGCCAGGAUAUUCCCCCGGGGUUCAGGAGAAAUGAUGACCAGAUCUCCUGUCAAGGUGACCCUGAGUGAAGGCCCCCACCAUGUGGCUAUGUUUAAAGACAGUUCCCGGGAGUUUGACCUUACUAAGGAAGACGAUCUGGCAGCCCUUCGUCAUGAAAUAGAGAUACGAAUGAGGAAGAGUGUGAAAGAAGGACAAACUGUCAGCCCCGAGACCAUCUCCCUGAGCGUGAAGGGCCCUGGCAUUCAGAGAAUGGUACUGGUAGACCUCCCUGGUGUUAUCAGUACUGUGACGACAGGCAUGGCCCCAGACACAAAGGAAACCAUUUUUAGUAUCAGCAAGGCUUAUAUGCAGAAUCCCAACGCCAUUAUCCUGUGCAUUCAAGAUGGUUCCGUGGAUGCGGAGCGCAGCAUAGUAACAGACCUCGUCAGUCAAAUGGACCCCCAGGGAAAAAGAACAAUAUUUGUUCUGACUAAAGUAGACUUAGCUGAGAAAAACCUGGCCAGUCCCAGUAGGAUUCAGCAAAUUGUUGAGGGAAGGUUAUUUCCAAUGAAAGCUUUGGGGUACUUUGCUGUUGUGACCGGAAAAGGGAGUAGCAGCGAGGGUAUUGACUCUAUUAAAGAUUACGAAGAGGACUUUUUCCAGAAUUCCAGAUUAUUAAAGACAGGAAUGCUGAAGGCACAUCAGGUGACCACUAAAAACCUGAGCCUGGCUGUAUCGGACUGCUUUUGGAAAAUGGUUCGCGAGUCAGUGGAGCAGCAGGCAGACUCAUUUAAAGCGUCGCGCUUCAACCUCGAGACGGAAUGGAAGAAUAAUUACCCUCGACUGAGAGAGCUUGAUAGGAAUGAGCUCUUUGAAAAGGCCAAGAAUGAAAUCUUGGAUGAAGUGAUCAGCUUGAGUCAAGUUACACCAAAACACUGGGAGGAUAUUCUCCAGAAGAAGCUGUGGGAGAGAGUUUCCACACAUGUGAUAGAAAACAUCUAUCUCCCUGCAGCUCAGACCAUGAAUUCAGGGACCUUCAACACCACGGUAGACAUCAGACUGAAGCAGUGGACUGACAAGCAGCUGCCACACAAAGCACUGGAGGUAGCAUGGGAGACGCUGCAGGAAGAGUUUGGCCGCUUCAUGUCGGAGUACAAAGGCAAAGACCAGGACGACAUCUUCGACAAACUGAAAGAGGCCGUCAAAGACGAGAGUAUAAAACGACACAAGUGGAACGAGAGGGCGGAGGACAGCUUGAGAGUUAUCCAGCACAAUGCUUUAGAAGACCGCUCCAUAUCAGAUAAGCCCCAGUGGGAUGCAGCGAUUCAGUUCAUGGAGGAGACUCUACAGGCUCGACUUAAUGACACUGAAUCUGUUAUCAGUGACAUGGUGGGUCCAGACUGGAAACAGAGGUGGAUGUACUGGAUGAAACGCUCCCCAGAACAGCACAUUUGUAAUGAAACCAGAAACGAACUGGAGAGGCUAUUGAAGGUGAAUGAGGAUCACACAGCUUAUCUGGCUAACGAUGAGGUCACAACAGUGAGAAAAAAUCUGGAAGCCCGAGGGGUGGAAGUGGACCCUGCUUUGAUUAAAGAUACGUGGCACCAGCUUUACCGGCGGCAGUUCCUGAGGACAGCACUGUCUCACUGCAACCUCUGCAGGAGGGGCUUCUACUACUACCAGCGGCACUUUGUAGACUCCGAGCUGGAGUGUAAUGAUGUGGUCCUGUUCUGGCGGAUCCAGAGAAUGCUUGGAAUUACAGGAAACACACUGAGGCAGCAGCUCAUGAACACUGAAGUCCGCCGUCUUGAGAAGAAUGUAAAAGAGGUGCUGGAGGACUUUGGAGAAGACAACGAUAAGAAGGUCUAUCUGAUAACUGGGAGGAGAGUGCAGCUAGCAGAGGAUCUCAAAAAGGUUCGUGAAAUUCAGGAGAAACUUGAAGCAUUUAUUGAAGCCCUUCACCAGGAGAAGUAAAGUUGGUCUAACAGAUCCUUUGGAGCCAGCCUGAGACCCACUCUGAUUGAUUACGCACUGAUCAAAGAAGACAAAGCAUCUCUCAUUUUCUGGUUUUUGUAAAUUAUAUUGCCUCUCUUUUUCAGUUUCUUUUCACUGCACAUGCUUUUAAUUUCAUGGCCCAAUUAUCUUGCCGUACAGAGUAACCCUUUAUAAAAAACGUAGCAACGUCCAGAAUUUCACAGUAGGGUGAAACCAGUUGAGUACCUAAGAUGUCGUUUAGUGUUCUGCAUUCCCCUUUCCCAAAGGAGAGCCUCCGCAAGAGCACAAAACUGCUCAUCAUUAAUCCAUAGUGCUGUGUGCUUUUAGAGGAGGGGCUGUUGCAGGAUGCAGGAUGUCCUCGUUCACAUGCACACACUCUGUGAUAAGCACCGUUCUGUUUAGAGUCAGCCUACUCCUGGGCAGGUUUGUCACCUGUUAGAUCUGCUGUUUGUUUAGCUCCAAUAGCAAGAUCAUAUUCUUUACAGAGUGGGUUGUG